AUGGUGGGGGAACUAGAUGGUGAGAUUUACUCAGAUAAGCCCAGCAAGCGCCUAGUGCCGCAGAGGAAGGUGAACCUCCUCCCCAGCGGCCUGAGGGGGAAUUUCCUUCCUCUGGCGAUCAGCUCGACCCUGAGCGUGGGGGCCGGGAACCGGCCAGACACGCCUGAGAGAGAGAAUGCUUUGUGCUUCCCAGAUCCUGGCUACUCAGACCCUGAGAUUCUCCCUGCGAUGACAUUUUUCCGGAUCCUCAGCACCAUCCUGGUUCUGCUCAGCCUCCUGCUGCUGAUGAUCGCCCUGGGCUUCGAUUUCUGGGUGACGGACAACAGUAGCAUCCAGAUCGGGCUGUGGAAGACCUGCAUCCGUUCAGUGUGUUUUCAAUAUUCUCCAGUACCAGGUUACAUUGAUGCCACCAGGGCUUUCCUGUUCCUGGCCCUGAUCGCCGGGUUUCUCUCCCUCUUCGCUCUCAUCGCUUCGAUAUUCCGCUCCCACCUCGGCCCCGUGGCCCUGACCCUGGUCUCUGCCGUGGGCAGCUUCAGCGCAGGGCUCUGUGCCAUGAUCGCGCUGGCCGUGUUCACAGGAGAAGUAGCUAAGACCUCGAAUGUCCCACUAGGCCAAGUCCCCUUCGGCUGGUCCUUCGGCCUCGGCUGGGCCUCCUUCCCCCUCUUCCUUAUCACUGGUGCAGUGAUGAUGUUCGUCCAGAAAUCGCCCUCGAGCUGAGCCUGGGGCCGUGCUGCCCGAAGGGGGCCAGAUGCAGCCUGCAGCGUCACGGGGCCGAUUCCCUCAACAGCUCCGAUAGGGGACGGGGGGGUAUCUGUGUAGCCCUGGCCUUUCUCUAUGCUGGGAGCUCCCCCCCCUCCAGCUCCCCCCACACACAGUCCAGCCCCGUCCUUUGG